UGUGCCAUGAAGCCAGAACAGCCUAGAAGAGGUCAGGUUUAAUCGAGCUUCUUUGACAUGGGCACCGAAAAACACGUAGACGGCCUUGGCUACUGAACGGCACAAUCUGUUAUUAACUCGCUCAGGGGUUCUCAAUGAUUAUGAAAGAUUAGAUAUUAUUGAGCGAACCUCGGUGUAAGAGUAAAGUCGAGAGCACGCUGAACGUUGUACAGUUGCUUCGAUAACGUCAACUAGUUAGGAUACAAUGUUGAAACUAGCGGCGUUGAUUCUUCUCGUUACCAUUGGAAUAUCGUUCUAUUUGAAAAAUCAACCGGCUCCAACGGUGCCGAAAUUGCCUGAGCAAAACUGGGGUCCUAAAACUGCCGUGAAAGAUAAUGAAGGCAUCAGGCCAUUCAAAAUAAAUGUUUCGAAAAGUGUCAUUGAUGAACUAAACCAACGGUUAGACAGAACCAGGGAGCUGCAACCACCACUAGAGGGUGCUGGGUGGACCUAUGGCAUAUCUACCACCUUUUUAAAUAGUGUACUCAAACACUGGAGAACCAAAUAUGACUGGUCCAAGCGGCAGGAACUGCUGAACAAGUAUCCCCAAUUCAAGACUAAAAUUCAAGGAUUGGAUAUUCACUUUUACCAUGUGAAGCCAACUCUUCCCAAAGACAGAAAUGUCAGAGUUCUUCCAUUGCUGCUGGUUCAUGGUUGGCCAGGUUCCGUCGUCGAGUUCCAAAAGAUAUUUCCCCUGCUAACGACCCCUCGUCCUGAUCAGGAUUACGUUUUCGAAGUUAUCGCACCUUCUCUCCCAGGAUAUGGGUUUUCCGAUGCUGCCGUUCGUCCUGGUUUGGGUCCCGCACAGAUGGCUGUAAUUUUUAAAAAUCUCAUGUUGAGAUUAGGAUACGAUAAAUUUUACACCCAGGGUGGCGAUUGGGGCAGUGUCAUAACUGCAACCUUAUCUCAACAAUUUCCAAACAAGGUUUCCGGAGCACAUUUUAACAUGUGUUUUUCUAACACUGCUUCCGCUACGAUUUGGAGCAUUAUUGGUGCUUAUUUACCAUCCUUGGUAGCAACCAAAGAGGAAAUACCAAGAAUAUAUCCGUUGAGCCAUCACUGGCUUCGUCUAGUUGAAGAAACGGGAUACAUGCAUAUCCAAGCUACAAAACCUGACACUGUUGGUACUGCCGUAACGGAUUCACCCGCUGGCUUGGCUGCUUACAUCUUGGAAAAGUUUAGUACUUGGACCAAUCCGGAAUACAGAUUCCGUGACGAUGGUGGUCUUUUCGAAAAAUUCACUAUUGAUGAACUUUUGGACAAUCUAAUGGUAUACUGGGUAACUAAUUCCAUCACAACCAGUUUUCGACUUUAUGCAGAAACCUUUAACAAGAGCUACAAAGCCCUUGGAUUUGAUGAAUUACCCGUCCCGGUUUCUACAGGAUGUGCAAUAUUUCCUCACGAACUUGCAUUUCAACCAGAAUCGAUCAUUCGUUCUAAAUACCCUAAUACAAUUCAGUACAGCGUUCUUCCUCGAGGCGGUCACUUCGCCGCUUUUGAGGAACCUCAACUCCUCGCAGACGACGUCUGGAGUUUCGUAAAUCUUCGUGAGAAACAGUUAAAGGUUGAGAAAACAAAAGAGUCACAAUAAGUUUGUAAGCGUAUUCUAUUGUUCAAAAGAGUGCAAGGAGAAUGUAAGGAGCAACUUUAAUAAUAUAUUUUUCAUAUUAAUAUCACUCGUCA